UCACAGUGAUGGUUCUGGUGUUCUUAGUUUAAGAUGAGUUUAAAGGGCGUCUCCAAAUGACAAGUAAUAGGUAGAUAUCUGUACAGAAUAGAAAGUAAGAUAUUUCUGGUUAGCAGACGGGGAUAUUUACUCACCACAAUCACCUGGUCGUUCAUCCCUAAUUUGAAAUAGUUCUGAACCAAAGCAUUUUCCCCCAGGUUGUGCAGGGAAGGGACGAAAGUUAAAAUUCCGGCACAGCAUCACAUGCCCUUCAAAUUCAGAUCUGGCCACAGCCGCCCGGGUUGGUCUUAAUCGCUUAAAUGACCUGUAUUUUAUUAAUGCCUUUUAGUCGUCUCUUACACCAGUUCUUUAAACCAUUUUCACACGCUCACAAAGGAAACUAAUUUGGUCUUCACCUUGUCUUUGAAUCUUGCCCAACUUUGGUAGGAACUGGUGUCAAGAUAAAAUGAGUGUGUAAUGACUGCUUUAGAGGGUCGUGAAAGGGGGCUUGUGAAUGAUUCAACUGGAUUUAAUCCUGAGUAGCCAGGCAUUUUUGAAUAAAACCAGUUCACUAACAACUAGUUGUAAGCCUCUACCCCCCUCCCCCCCCCAGGGUAUCUUUAACAUUGAAUGUGUUUAAAUCUUAGCAUUUGAGUCCUAAUAAAUGAUCUUUUGAUCUUUGACUUCAUGCCUCAAAGAGUUCUGCCAAAUUUAAGUGGACUGGUAUAACCUUUUUGUGGAUACUUUUAAGUUACUUUGUAAUAGAAAGGUCACCUAUUAACAGUAGCACACCCUGGUGUUUAGUUUUAGUUAGACUUUGACUAAUUUUGAUAUAGAUACUUUUAAACAAUGUAUAAGUAGUUGAAGUGCCAGAGUUGGGAAUUAAAUUUUAAAAUGUAUUAUGUUUUCAUGUUGGAGUUUGAUGACUACCAGCAACACCCAAGGUACAGCAAAAGCUACUAAGGUCAGGUGGGUUGGGUAACAGUGAGAGUGGUCCCACCCCUCAUAAGGGAAUCCAUUUUCUGUAGGGAAUUGAAAAACAAUAAUAAAACUUAGUAUAUUUGCUUUUUAUUAUUACCAUGUACCUACAAUUCUAAAUAGUGUCGUUGAUAAAAUACUCCCUCUCUCAUGCCCCCUCCUCACCCAAUCACUAUAUUUGGGGCAUGGUGUUUGACUAACAAUAUCACUGAAUCUAAUCCUGUGUAGUGUAGCUGGAUUCUGUUGUAUCCAGAUGACCAUUGUACUAAAUCCCUUUCUUUCAGUAUUUAUUAGUAAAAUUAACUAAAGGAUUUAACAAUUGCUAAAUUAGUUUUGACGGGGAAAUUGCCAGUAUGAUUUGGGUUGUGUCACACCCUGGAUAAAAUAUAGCAUACACACACACAUAAGCAUAAACAUAUAUGCAUACACAAUUUCAAAUAAGAUUCUGAAAUCUUUAGAGAGCAAAUUAAGUGAUAAGGGAAAUACUGAAAAAAUUAUACAUUGCAUAGAAUCAUUUCUCUGAUGUCCUUGUAUUUGCAUGUUUUGAUACAUAAUUUAAUCUAUCUGCCUUCCCUUUUGUUACUCUUUAUAAAUCAGUACUGGAUCCUAUCUUUUGGCUGUUUUUAUAUAUUAGCUGCUAUAGACGGAUUUUUACAUGACCAUAAUUUGGAUGAUAAACCUGCCAUUUGGGGAGAUAGUGAAGAGAAAGAGAUAUGUUUUCCCAUAUGAAAUAUUCAUAAUUAUUUAUACCCAAAUUUUGCAUAUAAUUGAGUUGAUGACAUUUAAAAAAAAAUAGUGUAUCUUUUAAAUAGAUGGGUUUAUAAUUUCAGAUUUUUGCUAAUAUUGCUCUAAUUCCUUUCUGUUAAUGUGUCUUCAUAGAUUACACACACUCUGCCUGCAGGAAUACUUAUCAGGGUUUUAAUGGAAUGGAUCGUGAUUAUGGCCCUGGAUCUUAUGGAGGGAUGGAUCGUGACUAUGGCCAUGGAUCCUAUGGGGGUCAGAGAUCCAUGGACUCCUACCUAAACCAGUCAUAUGGCAUGGACAAUCACAGUGGUGGUGGUGGGGGUAGCAGGUUUGGACCUUAUGAGUCUUACGACUCCAGGUCUUCUCUGGGUGGGCGAGAUCUGUACAGAUCUGGCUAUGGUUUUAAUGAACCCGAACAAAGCCGCUUCGGAGGUAGUUAUGGUGGUCGAUUUGAGAGCUCCUACCGGAAUAGCCUUGACUCUUUCGGAGGUAGAAACCAGGGCGGGGCUAGCUGGGAAGCACCUUACUCCCGUUCAAAAUUGAGGCCUGGGUUUAUGGAGGACAGAGGAAGAGAGAAUUACUCUUCCUACAGCAGUUUUUCUUCACCCCAUAUGAAGCCUGCACCUGUAGGCUCUCGGGGGAGAGGAACGCCUGCUUAUCCUGAAAGUACGUUUGGAAGCAGAAACUAUGAUGCUUUUGGAGGACCAUCAACAGGCAGAGGCCGAGGCCGAGGACACAUGAGUGAUUUUGGAAGCAUUCAUAGACCUGGAAUUGUUGUUGACUAUCAAAAUAAAUCCGCCAGUGUGACAGUUGCUGCUACAAGAGGAAUAAAGAGAAAAAUGAUGCAACCAUUUAAUAAGCCCAGUGGAACCUUUAUCAAGAAACCCAAGCUAGCAAAACCUGUGGAGAAGAUGAGCCUCAGCAAAUCACCCACAAAAAUUGAUCCAAAAAAUGAAGAAGAAGAAAAGCGGCGAAUUGAGGCUCGACGAGAGAAACAGAGGCGCAGAAGGGAGAAAAACAGUGAGAAAUAUGGAGAUGGAUACAGAAUGGCAUUCACAUGUUCAUUUUGUAAAUUUCGAACGUUUGAAGAAAAAGAUAUUGAACUGCAUCUGGAAAGUUCUUCACACCAGGAAACAUUAGAUCAUAUUCAGAAACAAACUAAAUUUGAUAAAGUAGUUAUGGAGUUUUUGCAUGAAUGUAUGGUGAAUAAAUUCAAGAAAACAUCUAUUCGUAAACAACAGACAAAUAAUCAAACGGAAGCAGUCAAAAUAAUUGAAAAAGAUGUUAUGGAGGGUGUCACUGCAGAUGACCACAUGAUGAAAGUAGAGACUGUUCACUGCAGUGCUUGUAGUGUAUAUAUCCCUGCUUUGCAUAGCUCAGUUCAACAACACUUAAAGUCUCCUGAUCACAUCAAAGGGAGGCAGGCUUUUAAGGAACAAAUAAAAAGAGAGAGUGUCUUGACUGCUACAAGCAUUUUAAAUAAUCCGAUAGUGAAGGCGCGAUAUGAACGUUUUGUUAAGGGUGAGAAUCCUUUUGAAAUUCAAGAUCAUUCUCAAGAUCAGCAGCUAGAAGGGGAUGAAGAGGAGGAAGAGAAGAUGGACGAACCUAUUGAGGAGGAAGAGGAGGAGGAGGAGGAGGAGGAG